AUGGCAGAUCCAGCGCACGCCCAUGUUGUGGCUUCUGACAGCCUCCAAGCUUUGAUUGAACAGACUUUUGCCAACCUCAAGGUGGGCACACCUGUGCUCGAUGAUCUACAAAAGGCGGCAACAAAGUAUCAGGCUGCCAUGGUUCAAGCUAACAUGGCUGCCCUCACCUUUAUCGACUCACUGAGCAAGGUUGCCGUGUCGGCCUCGCGAGCGCGGGGCGCCACACAAGAGCUUGGACAAGUCAUGCAGAAACUUGUUACACAACACCACUCUAUUGUCGCCAGUCGUGAAGCGCAAGCGGGCAAGCUCAAUUCCCAAUUGAUCUUGCCCCUGCAAAAGCGACUCAAAUCGGAGGCUAAGAAACUGCCCAAAAUGGAAGAGGAUUUUAAAAACGGUGCCAAACAGCUGCGCUCUGACCUCAAGAGAGCUGGACAGUCCACGAUUAAGGCUCAAAAGAGUGUGCGCAAGCGUGGCACAGACAAGGAGCAAUCGGGUCUUGAUCAGGCCACUGAAAUUCACACCCAUCGCGCACGAACCCUGGAAGCCUUUCACCAAGCAACAUUGCGUGACAUUCUCAUUGAAGAGCGGCGGCGCUACGCCUACCUCGUGGACAAUUGGUGUUCAGUGUUUGAUCUCGAUUUUCGUCAAAGUGAAGAUCUAAUGCGCUUGCUCAGCGAGGCCAUCGCACUGACCGCCCACGCAGACGAACUACCGCCCUCUUCUGAACAGCUGAUUGGACAACAUGGAAGCAACGGGCUGAUGUAUGAGGUGACUCCCAUCGGUGCCAACAACCCUCGUGUCCACCCAUCUCCCUUGACUCAAGAGUACCAAGCCAAGCUCCUGCCGCCCGGAGCGCCACAGGAAGGAUUGGGUGAAGGUGGCUACGAGGCAUCAACUGGUCAACGAAAUCCGCGCUCCAAGGCACAUAGCGUGAGCACCCACCAGCCCUCCGGGGCAGUGCCUCUAGAUCUGGUUCUAGCUCAACAACGAGCCAACCUGAGUAAAUCACAUCCGUUUGACUAGCAUGACAAUGCUAGUUGCAGUUGUCAGCAGACUGCGCCUGAUGUUGUGAGCGGUACUUGACUUGCACUCCUAUUGAAUUCUUCGCUUGUCCCACGCGCGCACCGUGGUCGCUUGCGGACUUUUGUUUGGUGUCCAUCCCGUCAAGGGAUGGCUCACCUCGUGCCAUUGCUGGCCAGUGACACGGCGCGAGCCUUGCCUUUGACAGUAGUGGGAAAUUUUGACUGUUUAACAAUCGAUCGGGUCU